AUGGCUCCUGAGCUGCCUCGCAUCUUGUUGCUCCCAACUCACUUACAAGCAGACGAGCUGCGUGAGUUGGAGGCGAGAAUCCCUACGCUGACGCAUAACGCUCACGAAGCCAAGGUAAUUUUGGGAAAGAUAUCUAGACCUGAGCGUGCUCUUUUUGAGCUGAGGCGUCUUAAGCUUGCGACGGAACCGGUGGCUCUGGAGGGAGCGGAGGGAGAUGAAGCAAUAGGCGACAAGCGCGGGCGAAGUGAUGCGGCAGAGGUUCCAUCAAAACGCCCGAGGCUAUCGGGAUCAGAGGCUCUACGAAGUCGAGCGGAUGAAGGGCAUGUUGCUACGCUGGAUUUGUUGGGAGGGUCGGGGGAUGUCGUUUUGGUGCUGAAGCUGGCUUGGUUGUUGGAUUCGCUCGAACAAAACGUUGUACUACCCGCCGAUGAUUAUUUGCUUUACCAAGGACGCAAAAUAUCAUCUCAUUCUGCACAAGCUUCUAAUCCUGGAACCCCCCAGCCAAGGAAAGAGGAUGAAACAACUAGAUCAGCCUCGGCAGUCAACGACAGCCCGUAUUCGAAGCGGACAACAAGACCUGGAACGAGUUCCUCGACUGCCUCAGAUGGACGACUGCAUUCUGAACCGCCAACGCUACAUCGUGAAACCACAUCUGAACACGAGGUUCCUCUGCCGCCGAUUCCCGACUUUCUUCACACCACGUAUUCAUGCCAAAGACCAUCUCUUGUAAGCCCGCCAAACGCAACAUUUAUCGCAGAACUCAAGGCCAUUCGCACGCUUCGGCUUUUACGAGGAGACCAGGUGGGUGUUAGGGCCUACUCUACUUCGAUAGCCUCUCUUGCUGCGUAUCCGCAUCUUUUGCAACGACCACAGGAGAUUGAAAGAUUACCAGGAUGCGGUCCCAAGAUUGCACAGCUGUAUCAGCAGUGGACAGAAGAUGGCUGCACCGACGAGACUAGGAAGGCUAAAACAGACACUGAGCUUGUUGUGCUGAAGACGUUUUAUGAUAUUUGGGGAGUCGGAGAUACAACUGCUCGUCAAUUCUUUAAGAAGGGCUGGCGAGAUCUUGAUGACAUUGUAGAAUAUGGAUGGGAUUCCUUGAGUCGGGUACAACAGAUUGGCGUCAAGUACUACGAUGAAUUUCAGCUGAAGAUCCCGCGGGACGAGACAGAGACGAUUGCCAGUGUCAUUCUCGCCCACGCACGCCGAGUUGACCCUGGUUUCCAAAUGGUAAUCGUGGGUAGUUAUCGGCGAGGCAAGCCUUCGAGUGGCGAUGUCGACGUGGUCUUGAGCCAUCCUGAUGAAGCUCAAACACUCGACAUUAUUGAAAGGCUAGUUUCUAGCUUGGAAAAGAGCAACUUCAUUACGCACACAUUGAGCGUAUGGACAAAGAAUAGCGAGCGUGGACAGGCCCCCCUGGCGUGGAAAGGCGAAGGCCGCCGUGCAGGAUCGGGAUUUGACACGCUGGACAAAGCAAUGGUGGUCUGGCAAAACCCCCAGGAUAAGGGGCCUCACCGGAGAGUCGACAUCAUCAUCAGCCCCUGGAAGACGGCCGGGUGCGCAAUCCUUGGAUGGAGCGGAGAGACGACGUUCCAGCGGGAUCUUCGACGCUACUGCAAGGUCAAGAUGGGAUUCAAGUUCGACAGCAGCGGCGUUCGGAGUCGGGCAGACGGGUCAUGGGUGGAUCUCGAGAGUUCCGAGCGUGGCCCGGCCCCAGACAUGGAAACGGCCGAGAGGCGAGUGUUUGAGGGGCUGGAUCUGGAAUGGCGACCUCCGGCAGAGAGGUGUACGGGGUGA